AUGAGGUCCGAGUCCUCCAGUUUCGGUUUUGGAGCCGUGUCCUUGCGUCUCUUGAUGUUGUCCAGGAUCGAGUUUGAUGAAACCACAGGCGACGGCGACUUGCGUAACGGAGCAACACUUUUUCCAGCGGCACCAAAUUUACCUGUCCAUGUUGGAACGCCCACUGUUGAUUGUCUUGCCAGUUUGCGCGACUCUCUUAGUGCACGAACUGCUUCGUUGGCAAUCCGCGACGCCUCGUUGUCUAUGAUACUGUGUGACGAGGACGGACCCAGAACGCUUUCGUGCUCCAAAGCAGACUGCAGAGCAGAAUUCCCCAACAAGCCGGCCAUCAGGUCCUUUUCCUCGUUGUGGUCGUCAUCGUUGCCGUCCUCGUACUUUUGCAACCCGGAAACUCCCUGCAAAUUCGAAACCUGCAAGAAAUCAUCCUCGUUCUUCUUUGGGACCCGCGAGUUGUUGAACUUUGUCUCCGAGUCGCCCAGCGUGAACAGCUCGUGCAGGUCGUUCAUCUUGAAAAACCGUUUCUGCUUUGGGUCUUUCAGAAUCUUGUUGGUCAACAAUUGCUUGAAGAUCUGA